AUGGAGUACCAGUUCGUUUUGAAGUUAGUACUCGUUUUGCUGUUUGGAGCAGUUCUGCCAGCUCAGGCACAAAGGUUCCAAAACUCCCCUAGUUCCUUGGGCAGCACACUGGAACCCAUUUCCACCAAAGUGCUGAUCCUGUCCAGCGUUGUAGUCCUGACUUUUGUUUGGCUGGGAUGCGCCUACUUCAUGGCCAAUCGUCACCAGAAGGCAGUUCAGUAUCUGCAAAAACAACUCGACGAACUUUGGUUGCUGCAGGCGAAGCCAUCCGUCUGGCCACAUGCUCCCUUCAUCCCGAAUCCCCGGGAGCAGAAUCCGCCGGAGUAUAUUCCGCCCAAGGAUCCGCAGGAGCAGGAACAGGAGGCCAUCGAGGCGGAGGAAAGGGCCGAAAAGGCUAGGGCAUUUCUGGAGGCCCGAAACAGCGAAAAGGAGUGAAGAAAAAGGUGAAAAAUCAUUGUUUUUCUAUGAGAAAUAAUG